AUGUAUGAUUUUUCUGAGGUUGAGCCGCUAUAUGCUGAGCGACCUGACUGGGCGGAUGUCACUCCCCUUCAACAGUAUCAGGGGGUGGAUCCUCUGGCCCCAAUCAACUACUCUACAGAAUACCAAGAUGCGACAGAUUACUUCAGAGGCAUCGUCAAGACUGGCGAGAUCAGCCUCAGAGUACUCCAGCUCACUGAACACAUCAUCCGCAUGAAUCCUGGACACUACUCUGCAUGGCAAUAUCGCUACCGGAUCCUGCUCGCACUACAGUUACCUCUCGAAGAGGAACUGCGGCUCAUGGACCAGUAUGCGAUCGACUUUCUGAAAACAUACCAGGUGUGGCAUCACCGCCGGCUGCUGCUCGGCGCGCUGCGUUCGGUGGACGCGGCGGCGGCGGAGCUCGAGUUCGUCGCGCGUGCGCUGGACACGGACGAGAAGAACUAUCACACAUGGUCCUACCGCCAGUGGAUCCUCGCGCACUUCAACGACGAGGCGCGCCUGUGGGCGGGCGAGCGCGCAUGGGUCGAGCACAUGGUCGAGCGCGACGUGCGCAACAACUCAGCAUGGCACCACCGGUUUUUCAUUGUGUGGGGCAGCGGGAUGCGCGUGGGAGACGAGGACAGGGAGCGUACGCUCAAGCGGGAAUUGAUGUAUGUCAAGGAGAAGAUCGCGCUUGCGCCGAACAACCCUUCUGCGUGGAAUUACCUCCGCGGGAUCCUCGAACAUACCCAUACGCCGUUUUCUACGCAGGCCAUCUUUGUGCAACUCUAUACGACGUCUGCAUCCACCCCAGGCGACGUCUUCGACUUGGACAACCCUCCUCCCUCGGCUAGCGCAGUCUUGCCGUGUGAGAAUGCACUCGAGUUCCUCGCUGACAUAUAUGAACAGGAAGGCGGCGCCCAGAUUAGCAAGGCUAUCGAGAUCUGGAGGUCGCUAGCGGAUGAGCAUGAUACUAUGCGUAGGAAGUACUGGGAAUACCGUAUCAAGGGAGCGUCGCAGACAUAG